AUCUCGCGGCGCGGCCCCCGCCCCGCCCGCUCCAUUUCCCGUGAUCCCAGAGCCCGGCACCGCUCCGCAGGGACGGGAAGGACGGGACCGGCACGGCAGUGUGACUUGCAGGUCCAUUUCACCAUAUAGUGCCAAAGGAAAGAGGAUGGAACCAGGAAACACUGCCAAGGAAAGAGUCCUCAUUACUGGCGGAGGGGGUUAUUUUGGCUUCCGUUUAGGUUGUGCCAUAUAUCAAAAGGGAGUUGAUGUGAUUCUCUUUGAUGUCGUGAAGCCACUUCAAGCCGUGCCAGAGGGAAUAAAGUUCAUGCAGGGGGAUAUCUGUUGCCUGUCUGAAGUGGAAGAUGCUCUCAGAGAUGUAAUCUGCGUAUUCCAUAUCGCUUCCUAUGGAAUGUCUGGCAGGGAGCAGCUGAACCGAAAACUUAUAGAAGAUGUUAAUGUGAAAGGAACAGAAAAUGUCAUCCAAGCCUGCAAGAGCACAGGAGUGUCGAGUCUGGUUUAUACAAGCACAUACAACGUGAUAUUUGGAGGGCAGAUUAUAGAAAAUGGGGACGAAUCUCUGCCUUACCUACCUCUUCACCUCCACCCCGAUCACUACUCCCGAACCAAAUCUUUAGCUGAAAUGAAGGUGCUGGAAGCAAAUGGUGCUGAGCUUGGAAAUGGGAAAGGUGUAUUAAGGACUUGUGCUCUGCGACCAGCAGGUAUCUACGGGCCUGGAGAACAGAGACACCUUCCAAGGAUAGUCAGUUAUAUUGAAAGGGGACUGUUUAAAUUUGUCUAUGGAGAUCCUCUUAGUUUGGUAGAAUUUGUACAUGUAGACAACCUGGUUCAGGCUCAUAUCCUUGCCUUUGAGGCCCUCAAAGCCAACAAGCAGCACAUUGCUGCAGGCCAAGCUUAUUUUAUUUCAGAUGGCAGGCCUGUAAAUAACUUUGAAUUUUUCCGACCCUUAGUGGAAGGUUUGGGUUACAAGUUCCCAACCUGUCGCCUUCCUCUCUCCCUUGUCUAUUUUUUUGCAUUCCUUACUGAAGUAGUUCAUUUUCUUGUAGGCCACAUUUAUAAUUUUCAGCCCCUCCUGACUCGCACAGAGGUUUACAAAACUGGUGUCACUCAUUAUUUUAGUAUGGAGAAGGCCAAGAAGGAGCUGGGGUAUGAGCCUCAGCAGUACAGCCUGAAUGAAGUGGUGGAAUGGUUUAGAUCCCAGGGAUGUGGACGAAAGCCAAGAAAUUAUACCAUUAUGCAGCUUGUUAGGGAUGGAGGACUGCUUUUCCUGCUGAUUGCUGUGAUGGUCUCGUGGUUUCCAUCUGCAGUUACAUUUUCAUUCUAAAAGAUGAAAUGCUGAGGACAGAAUUUAGUUAUGUUCUCUGCGUACUCUUGGUUUUGACAGGCAGGUAAUAAAGAUUUUUUUUUAAAAAUACACAUUUAUGUGAUUCAGGUAAAUAUCUUUAAACAGUUUUAUCCCCAAGGAAUGGAACUAUUGAGUAAAGUAAUUUUUAUAUAUUGUUUCUCCUCAAAGUAAAACUGAUCAGAUCACUAACAAGAUGAAGCUCAGUAUUACUGCAAACAGCAUUUUAUUCUCAGGUACAACAGCACACUACAGUGAAUGGAACAAAUGUCCUUAGGCUGGCUCUUCUUCCUCCCUGAUGGGAUUAUACUCUUGAUUCCUGCCCUUUAUUCCUAAAGAGUUUGUGCUACAUGAUCCAGAGGAGAAUAAACUUAUUCUUUGAUCACAUUCCAAAACCCAGUUCUGCUUUCCAGCUUGGUUGUAUAUAUGCCUAACCAAGAUUAACUGAUAAACUGCUAGACAAUAAACAAAUGUGGUUUCUUUA